UGGCCAGAUCACGCUUCCCCCUGAAUCUGGAUGACGGAGCAUGCGCUCCAGUUUCCAAGCUGCCUCGUGGACCGUUCUAAUUGCUGCUCACGCAUCUGCCGCUGGUCGUUGAUCCGCUUAUUUAGUGCCUGCCUUAAUUAAUUCCCAAAUAGACAAUGGCAAGAGCCAGAUUUUGGGUGGCUCGAUGCGUGAUGCCCAAGUGGAUCACAUCGCCAUGCAUUGCCCAAAGAACCAGAACGUAGGAAAGUGCCUGCUGCUGGUGCUGCUGCUGGUCAUUCUGAGUGACCCGAUCCGAGGUCUAUUGCUCUAUCCAGCCUCCACGGUGCUUCAGCUGACCUCAUCGGUGUCGAUACCAGUGGAUCUGCCCACACGAACCAAGGUUUUUGUAGACAUGGGCUUCCAGAUGAACUACAAUUUGCCGGCGACGGUCUCUGCCUUUUACAAUGCCAGCAUCUGGGCGGAUGAGCUGGCGCGAAGACAGAAGCGUCAGCUGGAGGACAAUGGCUUGGAUGGAAAUCAGCAGCAGCAGAAACAGUUGGAGAUGGAGGAUGGCAUACAUCCCGGUGAUUUUACGGCCGGACAGCUGUACUUGGGACUGGAGCACAUGCUGGAGACAUAUGGCUUUCACAGGACCUGUCUGCUGCGCAGCGUCUGCGAGCUGGCCCUGCAUCCCUUUGCCAAGGAUCAUUUCUAUGGAAUGGUGACACAGGUUAUCACAUUCCUGCUCACACCCUCCCAACAUGAAGGUUUCGCCGAGGACGAGCAGCUCUAUCGGGACCAAUACGAGCGGGCGGAGCAGAUUGGCUUUUUCGGUGGCCAAUGCCAUUUAUCUUAUCCCAGCUGUCAAAUAGACAUCAUAAACUUGGCCACCCGACUCGUUAGAUGA